UGUUCAGCCACUGUGUUGAUCCUCCACGGGGCCUGCUGUGCACUGCUAGGAGGAGGCAUUCCACCGGGACAAUUGCCUACACGGGAGCGCUCUCAGGAUCCGCAUCGCUCCAGCUGGCCAGAGUCCCCCCAAGGGAUGCUCUAUAGGGCAGGCAUAAGCUGCCUAAGGGGCUGUCUCGACCAUCCGUUAAUCACCUCACUUCCCAGUCAGGAAACCAAGAAAUGUAGCAGGACGAGCCGCAGAUAAAACUCCUCAGACACCGGAUUAAAGAAGGAAGAGGUUUAUUUGGCCAGGAGCGGGCAGACUCGCAUCUUAAGAGCCCAGCUCCCUGAGAAAGAAAUAUUUGGCCUUUUUAAAGGGAGGGGCUGUAGAAGCCGUGCAGCCCGUUCGGAGGAUGCUAAAGGGGCCUGGGCAGAAGGGAAGUGGCCGUGCCCAGGCCUGCCUGCCACUAGAUCCCCACCCAUCUAUGACUGCUCAGUCCUGCUCUCCUACCAGACCCACCUUUCCGCAAAGACAGCGCACCCCACCCACUCCCUGCCCAGUCCAAACUCCGAGGCUGGGCGAGGCACUGAUCCACGGCUGGAACGACCCGGAGCCUCUGGGUGAACAGCAGCCUGUCCGGGGACAGCGAACCGAGACCAGCGAGUCGACCAUGCGGCUGCACAGACUUCGGGAGCGGCUGAGUGCGGUGGCCUGUGGGCUCCUGCUGCUUCUAGUCCGUGGCCAGGGCCAGGACUCUGCCAGUCCCAUCCGGACCACACACACAGGCCAGGUGCUGGGGAGUCUUGUCCAUGUCAGGGGCGCCGAUACUGGGGUCCAUACCUUCCUGGGAAUUCCCUUUGCCAAGCCACCUCUAGGUCUGCUGCGAUUUGCACCCCCUGAGCCCCCUGAAUCUUGGAGUGGUGUGAGAGAUGGAACCACCCAUCCGGCCAUGUGUCUGCAGGACCUCACUACACUGGAGUCAGAAUUUUAUAGCCAGCUCAAUGUCACCAUCCCUUUGGUCCCCAUGUCCGAGGACUGCCUGUACCUCAGCAUCUACACGCCGGCCUACAGCCAUGAAGGCUCUAACCUGCCGGUAGGUGUCAGACCACAGUUCACUGGGCGUUGGAGGACAGUUCUUCUGCAAGUAGGUAGAAAGGACAAUAUUAGCACAGGCCCUGCUGCAGAGUGGACUGUGCUGAGAAGCUUCUCACUCUCAGGUCUGAGAAAUUCUCCUACCCAGGCUGGGCAGCUGACUCCCGGGUAUGAGGUCACAGAGUUCUGGCUGCUCCCAGAGGUCAAAGGCUGUGGUUCUGGGCUGGACCCAGGACUCACCCAGCCAACUCAACUCCACACCAGGAGACAUCCACUCAAGUGCCCAAGGGCUGCACCUUUCGAGGUGGUGGCCAACCUGUCAGCCUGUGACCAAGCUGACUCUGAGGCCCUGGUGAACUGCCUGCGGGGCAAGAGUAAAGAGGAGAUUCUUGCAAUUAACAAGGUUGGUCUAAAUGGAUACCCACCUUUCCCUGAAAAGCCAGCGCACCCCACCCACUCCCUGCCCAGUCCAAACUCCGAGGCUGGGCGAGGCACUGAUCCACGGCUGGAACGACCCGGGCAGCCUCUGGGUGAACAGCAGCGUGUACAUCGGCAGCGAACCGAGACCAGCGAGCCGACCAUGCGGCUGCACCGACUUCGGCCGCGGCUGAGUGCGGUGGCCUGUGGGCUCCUGCUGCUUCUAGUCCGCGGCCAGGGCCAGGACUCUGCCAGUCCCAUCCGGACCACACACGCGGGCCAGGUGCUGGGGAGUCUUGUCCAUGUCAGCGGCGCCGAUACCGGGGUCCAUACCUUCCUGGGAAUUCCCUUUGCCAAGCCACCUCUAGGUCCGCUGCGAUUUGCACCCCCUGAGCCCCCUGAAUCUUGGAGUGGGCUUCGUAGCUCCAGGCUCAUCCCAUCCCCAACUACCGACUCUCUCUUGGCCACCCAGGUCAUGGGUAUCUAUGACACCCAGAAGGAAAUGGACAGAGAGGCCUUCCAGGCUGUUCUGCAGGAAGUGUUAACGCUGAUGAUGUUGCCGCCUACAUUUGGUGACCUGCUGAUGGAGGAGUACGUUGGGGACAAUGGGGAGCCCCAGAGCCUCCAAGCCCAGUUGCAGGAGAUGAUGGCAGAUUCCAUGUUCGUGAUCCCUGCACUCCAAGUAGCACAUUUUCAGCGUUCCCGGGCCCCUGUGUACUUCUAUGAGUUCCAGCAUCAGCCCAGCUGGGUCAAAAACAUCAAGCCGCCGCACGUGAAGGCAGACCAUGGUGAUGAGAUGCCUUUUGUUUUCGGAAAUUUCCUCUGGGGCAACUACGGUGAGUCUUCUUCCUUUCCCGGGAGGUGGGCUGGGUCCCUGGCUGGGUCCCUGAGGGGUGAUUGAUUGUCCUCACUGCCCAGAUAAGGAAACUGAGGCUCAGAGACAGGAUGAGAUUAGGUGUCCAAGAUUUUACAGCUUCAAAGGCUGUGCCAGGAUUAGAAUUCAUGACUCUUCAGACUGUGGCCUGUGCUCCCUCCGUCCCUCCCCACCCUUGGGUGUCUGCCUGGUGCAGAGCAGAUGUUUCAAGGACAUGUUUGUUUCUUCAAUGACUGCCAGUGACAGAAGGGAGAAGGGGCCUUCAGGGCCAGGAAGGAUGGAGUCAGCCAGAGCCUGGGCUAAGGGGAAAGUUUGGAAAAGGGGAGGACUGGCUUCU